AUGCUUUACACUGAGUUACUGCGGUUGUGGGAUGAGGCGGUGCAGGCGGUAGAUGCCAAGGACUGGCAUGGAGCUCUGUCCAAACUCGAGGAGAUCAGUGAACCCACAUCUCGCAUUUUGUUUAAUGCUGCCUCAGCUCACCUGGUUCUGGGACAGCUGGACCUGGCCCUGAAGGCUUUAGACCUCGCUAUUGCUAAGGAUGCACGUCUUGCUGUUGGCUUCUUCCAGAGAGCAGCAGUGAUGAUGCAGAGUGACAGGUUGGAGGAGGCUCUGUCAGACUGUAUCUGGGCACAGAAGCAUAUGAGAGGAAACGUGGUCAUUGACUACAGACAGCUGGGACUACGAUUCAAACUCUACAGCUGGCAGGUAUUAUAUAAUGCAGCAGCUGUGUACUGUCGGAUGGGCCAGUGGGAGCAGGCCAAGGAGAUUCUGCUGACAGCCUCCCAGGAGAGAGGAGGAAGUCGAGGGGGAAACAUAGAGGUGGCUUUGGACAGCGUCCUGAGGGAAGAGGUACUGGCUCCUCUCCUGGUGCCUGAGGAUGUGGUGUUUCGUCCCAGGAAACAGGAUGUGGAGCAGCUGCAGCAAAGAGACUUCCUGGGCAAAUCAAAGGUGAUUACCUCCAUGAUUCCCAAUGAUGAUUUUGGAGGCUUUGAACCUCUGAGGCUGCAGAAACCUGGUUUCUAUGAGCCUAAGAUGGAUGGAGCUCAGGACUCUCGAUACAUGCGCAUGCGGAUCCCUUACAUGGCUCGGGGCCCGGGACAGCUGACUGUGCCGGGAGGGGCCACAGUGUUUUUAUUUGGCGAGGAGGACAGGGAUGGGAUGGCAACUGUCAUAUAUGAUGGACAGCGAGGACUUCUGCCAAUAUCCCUGCUUGAACCUGCAGAUGUCAAGAUGUCCAAAGGCAAAAAGGAGAAUAGAGUUCCCAGUGGCAUCCCUCUCCCACCAGGACUCAAGCCACCCACUCGCCCAGAGGCCCAGCAUAGCCCUGCAGCUCCUCCUCGAGUACGUUUUACCUCAGACACUCCACCUCCAUCCUACACUACUGCCACCCACGCACCACUGGCAGCCUCAGAGCCUCCCAAGGACCCAGCCAACGCAGCCAGCGACCAGCAUGAUGGUGUAGUUCAGGGAGCAGAGGCGGGCUCCGUGGUGGUGAAGGUCCACUACACGUACACUGUGGCGCUGUCUGUCCCUCUGGACACACCGUACCAUGAAAUGAAGGAACGCAUCGCACAGAAAUUGGGCCAGCCUGCGUCUCAGCUGCGCCUCAGAUAUAAGCAGCAUGGUUCCCGGGUGCUGACACCUCUGGGUGGGGAGGUGGAGCCAGGCCGCACUGUGCAAGAAGUGGCUGAGGCUGGCAGAGCUACCCUGUGGUGCCAGGUGAGGAUUUAA